CUCACCCUUCUACAUUCUCAGGUGUUCAGGUGUGCCUUUACAUGUUUCACUCUUGAUAGUGAUUGCUUCACAAUCCAUUGCUGCCUGCUGCAUGGAAAUGGAGGGGGAAAUUGGUAGACACUGAAUGAACUGAAUGGACAACAUAAUUCCAUUUCUGCACAGGAUCUGUUCUGGUUAAUAUGCAUGUCGGUGUUAUCCCAUUGAGAUGAAGGCUGCUGCAGCUUCUUCCCUGAGGAGCUCUGAGGACUGUGCAUAUUGGGAUUGAAUGGCUCGAAGCGCUGCAGAUAGUCAGACAGUUAAUGAACUGCAUCUGCUGGAAUUUUUAUCAGUGCCUACAAAUGGAAAGUGUUGAAUAAUUUUAAGCCAAAGCAACAAUGUGCAGAAGGUGGAUGUCUGUAGUCCUGCUCCUUUUUCUAGUGGUGCCAGCUCACUUCCAGGAAGAAUGUGAGUGGAGCUCAUGCCACCCCACCCUAGGUGAUCUUAUGGUGGGCCGUGCUGCUCAACUCUCUGCUUCAUCCACCUGUGGUCUAACUGGACCCCAGAACUACUGCAUCCUGGGAUACCUGGAGGAUGAACAGAAAUGUUUCACGUGUGAUUCAAGGAGCCCCUACAAUCGAGACAACAAUCCUAACAGCCAUCAAAUCGAAAAUAUCAUUACCACCUUUGAGCCAGAGCACAAGAUGAAAUGGUGGCAGUCUGAGAAUGGUGUGCAUCAAGUCAGCAUUCAACUGGACUUGGAGACUAUGUUUCAGUUUAGUCAUUUAGUAAUGACAUUUAAGAGUUUCAGACCUGCUGCAAUGCUGGUGGAGCGGUCAAAGGAUUUUGGUCGUACUUGGAAGGUGUUUCGAUACUUCUCGGCAGACUGUCCUACCAACUUUCCCAGAAUCUCCACUGGACCAGCAAAAACAAUAGAUGACCUCAUCUGUGACAGCCGCUACUCUGGAGCUGAGCCUUCUACUGAUGGCGAAGUGGUGUUAAAGGCUUUGGACCCCACCUUUCAAAUUGAAAAUCCAUCUGACCCUACCAUUCAAGAGCUCAUCUCCAUGACUAACCUGCGAGUGAACUUUACACGUUUACUCACACUGGGUGAUGACUUGUUGGGGCGGAAGAGAAGGAAUCCACAGGAGAAAUACUACUAUGCUCUCUAUGAGAUGGUGGUCAGAGGGAGCUGCUUCUGCAAUGGCCAUGCCAGUCAGUGCAUGCCUGUUUAUAAUGCGCGCGGAGAUACCUUGAAUGAACCUGGCAUGGUUCAUGGGCGAUGUAUGUGUCAACAUAACACCAUGGGGAACCACUGUGAGAAGUGCCAGGAUUUUUACAAUGAUGCCCCCUGGAGGCCAGCUGGAAGCACUGACCCACAUGUUUGCAGAAGGUGCAACUGUAAUGGCCACUCUGAGAGAUGUCACUUUGACCUACAGCGCUACAUAACCACUGGGCAAGUCAGUGGUGGCGUGUGUGAUGACUGCAGAAACAACCGCAUAGGUGUUGAGUGUGAGCUGUGCAAGCCAUAUUACUACCAGGACCCUCUGCGUUCUCUAAAUGAUCCUUAUGCCUGCAUACCUUGCACCUGCCACUCUGCAGGGUCUGUGGAUGGUAGGUUGUGUGAUCCAGUGAGUGGUAGAUGUGUGUGUAAGCAGAAUGUAGAAGGUGAGCGCUGUGACCGGUGCAAGACUGGAUACUAUAGACUCAGCCAGGAAGACCCCAGUGGCUGUCAGAGGUGUAUGUGUAACUUCUUGGGCACUAUAAGCACCUCCCCAUGUGACCAGAACACAGGCCACUGUAAUUGUGACCACUUUGCCCAUGGACCAGAGUGUAACCAGUGUGUACCAGGAUACUGGGGACUAGGAAAUACAGUCUAUGGUUGUCAACCUUGUGACUGUGACAUAGGAGGAGCCUUCAGUACUCUGUGCAUCUCAGAGAAUGGACAGUGUCAAUGCAGAGCCAACAUGGUGGGAAAUCGCUGCAGUGAACCAGCUCCUGGGUACUUCCUGGCCCCUCUUGAUUUCUAUCUCUAUGAAGCUGAAAAUGCUUUUCCUUUGGACACCAGAUGUUCCACUUACCUGGUUAGACCCAAUGUUUCCCCUGCACCGCAGCUGUAUCCUACUACAUCUCGUCCACAUCAACACUGUCCCCAAGGAACCACAGCUCGUGAGCCUACACCACCGUCUUAUCACCAAACUGAGCCUACAGAGCAGGAGCCUCACAACCCCUACCCUACUGAACCUUCUCCAUAUGAGAAUUCUUGGCCUCCUGUAGCAUAUUACACUACACGUCCUGCUGUCACUCUGCCUAGCUGUGUGAACUACUUCAGAAGCAGAGGCUAUGAUGUUGAGUUCAGGGAUGGGAGAUUUGUGGUGGUUAAGCGUGAGAGCCGCCGAAAACGAAGACAAGGCCAGAGAACCAUUCCCCUGCAGCCAGGAUCCCUCCAUCAGGUCAUUCUACGACCACAUACACCAGUUGAGCCUAUUGCUUGGACUGGACCAGGAGUUGUGCGGGUUCAAGAUGGAGCAGGACUCCGAUUCAUUGUCACCAACAUCCCAGUAACUCUUAACUAUCAUCUCGUUGUUCGCUAUGAGCCACAGUCCACAGAUGAUUGGACAGCCAAUGUAAAGAUUGUGUCAUUAGGAUCUCUUGAUGAAAACUGUCCAUUUGAUCCAUCAGAGAAAACUUUAACACUUCCAAGUACUAGCAGGGCAGCCAUGUUGGAUCCUUCUGUAUGUCUCAGCUCUGGUGUGCAGUACUAUGUGGAUAUCACAUUUGAAAAUCCUGACCCUGACUGCAGCUCACAUAUUCUAAUUGAUUCUAUGGGGCUUAUUCCAAAGUUGGAGUCUCUGCCAAAUUUCUGCUCUGAUGCAUCCCUGGCUCAGUACCAGCAGCAUCACUGUGUGGAGUUGGGUGCACGGGCAGGAGAACAUACCCCACCUGAGGUGUGUGCAAAUCUGAUUGCCAGCAUGUCAGCAUACAUCCAUAAUGGCGCAAUUCCUUGUAGAUGUAAUCCUGUGGGGUCUUUUAGCUCAUCCUGCAGUAAAUUUAGAGGACAGUGUGACUGCAAACCUAAUGUGGUUGGCCGCUGUUGUGACACCUGUGCAUCUUUCACCUAUGGGUUUGGACAAAAUGGUUGCUCACCCUGUAACUGUGAGCCAUCGGGCUCCAAAGCUGAGUUCUGUGACCAUAAAACCGGACAGUGCCAAUGCCGUGAUGGGGUCACAGGCCGACGAUGUGAUGGGUGUCUGCCUGGAUACUAUGGUUUUCCUAACUGCAGACCUUGCCAGUGUAAUGGGCUGGCUGACCGCUGUGACCAAAGUACUGGUGUCUGUCUAAACUGCAGGGAACAUUCAACUGGGUCCCACUGUGAAAGGUGUGUUGAAGGUUACUUUGGUGAUCCAGCAGUAAGGGAAACCUGCAAGCCAUGCCUGUGUCCAGAUGUGAAAGGCAGUGGCCGUUUCUUUGCCCACUCCUGCAGAAAGGACCCAAAUUCUCGAACCCUGAUCUGUCAUUGCAAGACGGGGCAUCAAGGCUUACACUGUGAUAAGUGUGCACCUGGUUACUAUGGUAACCUGCUUUUGCCAGGUGCUAGCUGCAAAGAGUGUCCAUGCAACAACAACAUCAAUCCCCAUGAUGGUGAGGCAUGUGAUGCUUUAACUGGCAAGUGUCUCCGCUGCUUGCAUAACACUUUUGGGCCUCAGUGCCAGACCUGUAAACCAGGAUACUACGGCAAUGCACUACUCCAGGACUGCAAAGAAUGCUCAUGUAACCGGCAGGGCACAGACGUGACUAAAUGCCCACUGGGCCGCCCCUGUAUAUGUGAUGAGGUGACCGGGCAGUGCCCAUGCCGUCAUGGUGCAGCAGGAGUUCGGUGUAAUCAUUGUGAGGAUGGAUACUGGGAUUUGAAUGGAAAGGCUGGAUGUCAGCCUUGUAACUGUCACACAGGCCACUCUGUCAGUAAUCUGUGUGACAAGGUUACUGGCCAGUGUCCUUGUGAAACAGGAUAUGGGGGUAAACAGUGCAAAGAAUGUGCAGCUAAUCAUUUUGGAAACCCUGACAUUCAGUGCAUAUUCUGCGACUGUAACAUGCAGGGCUCGAUCUACCCAGGCUGUGAUCCUGACACUGGCGAGUGUCUGUGCCGGCCUGGAGUAAGUGGCAAUUUCUGUGAAAAGUGUGCCCCAGAGCAUGAUCCAGUCUUCCCUGCCUGCGAGCCCUGCCACCCUUGUUACCAUUUAUGGCAAAGUAAUGUCACAGACAUCUCACAGGCUAUGAAAAACAUGCAAUCCUGGCUCUCUAAACACGGAGGAAAUCUGUUACUCAGCAACAAGCGACACCAGGAAAAGAUACAAAUGUUGAAUGAGAAGCUUACGAGCCUGGUUAGCAUGCUAAGCACUGAUGAGGUUGAUCUGGGAAACAUAGAGAAUUUCCUGAAUGAAAUCAGGAACUUAACAGAAACCACAGAUCCAAACACAAUUAUUAUCGAUCCAUCUCAGCUGCUGGAAACUGAAAUUGAUAACAUUUAUCAAGAGUUCAAGAGGUUACUGGACAAUCUGCAAAAGAAAAUUAAAGAUGCACAAAAAAUAGAUCUAAAAGAGAUGAAUGAAAUGCUGGAGAAGAUCCGUAAUCUCCAUUCUGACUUCCUGAAAGAUGAAGAACGGGUGAAGAAGGUGAAAAAUAAGUUAGAUGCUUCCAGGCAGACCAGAGAGGACACUAAAAAAGAACUAGCCAAAUGCCAGCUGAGGCCCUUGGAUGUAUUGGAGAAGAAGGUCAAAGAGCUCAGUGUGGCCAAACUCAAUGAGGAGAUUUGUGGAACACCAGGCGAUGCAGAGUGUGAAAAGGCUGUGUGUGGUGGUGCUUUGUGUGGGAAGUGUGGUGGUCCAUCUUGUACCGGAAGUCUACCUGUCGCCCUCAAUGCCACAGACAUAGCAAAGAAGAUCAGAGCAGGCAUUCAAAGCCUGCUCCAAAAUCUCACAGAGGCAGAAACAAAGAUCAAAGACAUCGAAAAUAUUAAUAAAGAUGUGAAAAACAAGGCACAGUACAUGAUGAAUAAAAUCAUCAAUAGCAAAAAUAAGUUCGAAAAGGCCAAGAAUGACACCAAAAAUCUUAUCGAGAGUGUCAGGGAAUACCUCAGAGCAGAGACAAUGGAACCAGGAGACAUUGACAAGGUAGCCUCUGCUGUGUUGGCUAUUAAGCCUCCUAGUUCUCCAGAUGAGAUCAAGAGGAUGAUCGAGGAUAUUCAGAAAAUAAUGGAAAAUUACACGCACAUUACAGAAGACCUGAAGGACUUGGAAGACAAGGCCCAAUUAGCCAAAGACUUGAAAAAUAAAGCUGAUGAAAUCCUAAACAGAAGUAAGGGGAUUGAUGUCAGUGACGUAGAGAAAGCCAUGAAUGACACGGCCCAACUCCAUGACAAGAUAAAGCAGAAGCUAAACAAGACCAAAGACAACCAAAAUAUUACUGCUGAAUUACUUGACAAGAGUGACACAAAACUAAAGAAUGCUGAAGAUAAUUUAAACAUGUCUCGGACCAAAACCCUCCAAGAGGAAAUUGAGGCUCUGAAGAAUAAAACGGAAAUGAAUCGAGCUCAAGCUUUGGAGGCAAAAACUGCAGCUGAUGCAGCAUUAGCCAAUGUUACAGACACUAACAAGGAUCUCAAGGAAGUAGAAGACCUGUUAAAAAAACUGAAAAACAACACUCAGGGUCAAAAUGAUACAAUAACUGAGCACCUGAAGAACAUAACAAUGGAGGCUGAAAAUAUGGCAAAAGAUGUGGAAACUAAAAUGAAGCAAAUUGAAGUCUUGGAGAAAAGGAUUCAAAAUGCAUUACAAAAUAAAAUGAAUAAAACGAAAGAACUGGAGGAUCUGUUGGUAGAGGCGAUGAGCUUGAAGGAAUAUAUUGUUGAAAAAGUGAGCAAUUAUUCGCAGUGCGCCACCUAAGCCUGCAGAUGUCUCCGUCUUCACCCACAACCAGAUGUAAUGCUGUGUGUGCCGUCUUGAUAACUUUAGCUCUGUUAUCUUGAUCUUGCUAAAUACAAAUGUCCAGAAAUCAGAUGUUCUUCAUUGGUGGUACUUGAUUUAGAUUUUCUGUUUAAAUGAUAUUCCACUGUGUGCUAUUUUAAUCCAUUCCGAAGACUGUAUAGAAGAGAGCAAAAAUCAUUAUCUGUUAUUACGCAUAUUGUGGACCAUUUCAGGGACAAUCUAUAUAGUGAUUUAGUAAAUUUUCUUUGUUCCCUUUUGUUUUGUCAUAAACAACAUAACUACAACCUUCUUAAUAAAUUAAGGUCUACUGUUUAGUUUGCUAGGUUGGUAAAUUUUCUGAUAUAUACAUAUGAGAGAGUUAUAGGUAGUUAGAAAAUUUAUGUAUAGUAUAUUCUUAUAAGUCUUUGUUAUGGGAGCAUGGCAGUUGUCCAGCUUGGCAUUCUUAUUUUGUGUAAACAAUUAGCCAGUGUGAUAAGAUUUGAUAUAAAUAACAAUUAGAUGUAAUAAGAUUAAACCAACAGUCAGCGUUGGAUUGGAUGCCUGCUGAUUUCAAAUGUCUAUAACUGAAGGGCCCAACUAUCUCUACUGUUUUUUCUGGUGUGUGAACAACCAAAUGAUGACUAUGAAUGAAUGAAUUUAUUUAGAUUCAAUUUUAUUGAAUUGCAAAUCAGAGAUGUCCUUUACCCUUGUUCAUCACAUUUGAUCUUUGAUGCUUUUUAGCUCACCUUUGCACUUAUUCUCAUUUCUAUUACCAAUUUAUGAGAUAUAAUAAACACAGUUAUAGCAUUAUGUUAAUUGCAACAUGCAUUGUUUCAUUAGUAUUUUUCCACGAAGGCUUAUGAGAAUCACGACCCAGUGAGGAUACAGUUUGUGUCUUUUAGAACUAUUGAAUACAGCAGCAGAAUAUCAGGGCCUCAAAAUGACUUAUUUUCAGCCUUUAUCUCAGCGAGUGAAAUUUUGAACACAGGUUAACACUGUCCAUGAAUGGUGCUGUGUAAUUUGGCCCUAAAGGAACUUACUGAUUUGGAUAAUUAUAUUUCACCUAAAUUAUCAUGCGAAUAUAAAUUGAAAUUUGUGUUUGCAGAUUAUCUUUAUCACCAAAUGAGGAUAUAGCUUAGCUACAUAACAAACAGGUAGUUUAAAAACUUUUGAACCUUGUGUUAAGACCAAACUUUGCAGCAAUUUUAGCUUUUCAUAGAAAAGAAAUUGUAGUGGUAGAUCCUUGCAGAGCUCAGAUCAAAAAGGUAAAGUUUUGAAUUGGCUUAUGUAAGCAAUAGAAACUAGAAGAAGAAGAAACCUUUGUCACAUGCACACUUCAAGCACAGUGAGAUUCAUCCUCUGCAUUUAACCCAUCUGAAGCAGUGAACACACACACACACCCAGAGCAGUGGGCAGCCACACUACAGUGUCCAGGGAGCAGUUAGGUACCUUGUUCAAGGGCACUUCAGCCCAAGGCCAACCCAUGUUAACCUAACUGCAUGUCUUUGAACUGUGGGGGAAACCAGAGCACCUGGAGGAAACCCACGCAGACACGGGGAGAACAUGCAAACUCCACACAGAAAGGCCCCUGCCAGCCGCUGGGCUUGAACCCAGAACCUUCUUGCUGUGAGGCGACAGUGCUAACCACUACACCACCGUGCCACCCAAACUAUAAGAAAAUCCUGUACAUGAAAGACAAUUUACUUUUAUAAUUUGCAGGUUUAAUUUAACAGUCUACCUGGAUCAGUAACUAUGCUAUGAGCAAUUUGUCAAACAGAUUUAAGUAACAGAAUAUCUACAAAAAUUUUGAAAUUCAAUCCGAGAAAAAUCGGUAAAUCAAAGUCCCUUUCAUGCCAGAAUCUGGUCUUUCCAGGCAGUCUCCUGUCCCAGCACUAACCAACUCUUUAAGCGUAUGGGUGCGGCACCGAUCUCCGUUUCGAUAGACCUCAGCCUCUCGCCUAUACAGCAUGGGUUACAGUGGGGGGCUAGUCCUCUGGUAACCACAAGAGUUUGACUUCCCCACUCGCAUCUGUAUUGUAGCGUGCCUUGCCAGAUGGUAAUAGGUAGUAUUUUUAUGAUGGUCUUUGGUACAACCUGACCGCGAGUAGAACUCACGAUUCCUGGUUGAGAGGCGGACACGCUAACCACUAGGCCAACUCGUGGUCAAAAUAGGUAAAUGCAUACUGUUAAAACUUAGUAAUCUCACAUCUCACGAGCAUCACAUCUCAGUCAUGAUUUUGUGAGUCACCCAUCAACUGUAACAAUUGCUGUUCCAAUAAAUAGUCUG